AUGGGGGAUUCAACUUGUCUCCUUCAUGGCUUCUCUUAUGCUUCCGCCAUACCCAAUGAGUCCAAACAGGGGAACGCGAUGCACGCCCUCGGCGAAUCAAUCUCGUUCGGGAGAUUUAUGACAGAGUCUUUAUCAUGGGAAAAAUGGUCAUCGUUUUCCUCGUCGUCAUCCUCACACAAGAAGUAUGUGGAGGAGGCCGAGAGAUAUGCCCAGCCGGGCUCAGUGGCUCAGAAGAAGGCAUUCUUUGAGGCCCAUUACAAGAGAAUGGCGGCCCAGAAGGCCGCAGCUCUACUCGAGCAACAAAACGCUGCUGCUGCUGCUGCUAAAACAGAACCUUAUGAGGAUCACAAUGUACAUGAUGAUCAUCAGCAAAAAGAAGGGGUUUUCGAUUCUCAAAUGGGUUUCGUUGAGAAAAAUGAGGAUGUCAAAGUUUUUAAGGAUGUUAAAGAAGAUACAGUGGAUUGGAAUAAUCAUAUGGAUGAGAAUGGGGUUUGUAAAGAGGGGGAAAAUGUGAUAAAUGCAGAAAUUGAAGGCUCAGGGGAAAGCUCUGUAGAGAGAAGACUCUCUGUUUCAGGGUCUGAGAUUACUGGAACUCCAUUGAUGGAGAUUCCUUUGCUAAAGAGCAAAUCAGCUGUGACAGAGGAAGUUCAAUCAGCAGAGAGCAAGAAAAAAUCAAGCCUCGCUAGUUUAAAAUCAUCGAUAAGGCGUAAAACGUGGAAAAUCCCGUCUACACCUGCAGCAAGACCACCGGUUACUACUAAUACUACUCCUCAAUUCAAGAGAGAUAUUUCCCAAAGCACAAGAAAGUCUAAUGUGGACGCUACAGACAAAAAACGAAACUCCACAAAGUCUUUACGCGAAUUGAUUAGCUUAGUUCCCGUUAAAGAACCUGAUAAGGAGCCUUCUUUAGCCACCAUCAAAGGUGUUAGUUCGAUCAGAACACCUAAAAUUUGCAGCACGCCGCUGAGGACCCCAGCUGUGGGAACAUCAAAGGCUGUGACAAAAGAUUCUGCAUAUACUCCUUUAACAGAGAGAAGAAGGAUGAAAACACCGAUCGACUCCUCUGCUGCCCGAGGAAGCAAAACGAUGGGUCCCAAAUGGCACAUUUUGUCUGCUCUUAGUUCUAAGUCGGUGACCGCCUGUCGCAACAAGCUACAAUCACCGAGCUUACCAACCCCUUUUACUCUCAGAACAGAAGAAAGAGCUACAAAAAGAAAACAGAAACUCGAGGAAAAGUUCAACGCGAAUGCAGUGCAAAAGAAGGUUGAGCAACAAAACAAACUGAAGGAGAAAGCCGGAAGCGAACUUAAGAAGCUGGGUUGUACUUUUUGCUUCAAAGCUCGUCCCUUGCCCAGCUUUUACAAGGAAAGGGAAAUCUCGGUCAGUCAGAUGAGGAAGAGUCAAGUAAGCCGGGCUCCUCAGACAGCAGUACUAGGAAGAAGCAUUUCGAACAAGAAUAAGAAGAAGCAAGGCGAAGGCAGUAUCUCGAUGCCUCCUCCUCCUCCGCCUCCAAAAUCUAUCGUCAAAAAUGGAUCCUCGAAAAGACUCUCCAAAAACAAAGUUGCAGCAAGUGGACACAAUCAUUCAUUACGGGCUGAAACUAUUGCGCACGAGAACAAGUCCCCAAAUAUUCUACAUUGA